CCGGUUUCUUUGGAAGAACGGAAGGAAAACAUUUGGUAGUCUUCAACCAUAAAGUGAACAAGCCCUUGCGUGACUUGGAAUAUUUUGUUUUGACAUGGCUGCCCACACAACAACAGGACGUGCUCGUGAGAUACUUGACGAUGAAUCACUGGCUGAGGAGAAACUACUAGAAGAACUUGAAAAUGAGGAGAUCCCAGCACACAUCCGAGAAGCAAGGCUUCAAACCCUCAAGCAACAGGCUAGUCAGUUCCGAAAUAUGCACGAGAAAGGAUAUGGUAGAUACAGUGAACUAGAAGAUGCAAAAGCAGUUCUGGAUUUAACAACUGGUGAAGAAAAAUGUGUGGUUCAUUUCUUCCAUGAAGAUUUCAGAAGAUGUGCAAUAAUUGAUUCUCAUUUAAAGAAAUUAACAGAACAGUAUUUUGAAACAAAAUUUGCAAAAAUAAAUGUUGACAAGGCAAAAUUUCUAGUGGAGAAAUUAAAAAUCCGGGUUCUCCCAGCAGUGUUAUGUUUCAAGAAAGGGAUUGUUGUUGACAGAGUUGUUGGUUUUGAUGAACUUGGUGGAUCUGACAACUUCCCUACCUCUGUUUUAGAGAAACGUCUCGGUUCUUCAGGUGUCAUAGAGUACACGGCAGAGGAACCGGAGAAAAAGACGAUAUUUGGAUACAGUGACACUCGUAAAAACAAUGACGAUGACAGUAGUGAUGAUGAUUAUUGAGCAAUGUACAUGUAUAUGUUAUAAAGUCUGUCACAUGAUGCAGGGAUCAAAGGACGGUCUUAAAUUUUUAUGGUGAUGAAAUGAUAAUGAUUGGACAAGUCUAUGUAUUCCAGCAAAAAAAAUUAUUUUCCCUUAUUUGUGCAAUGAGCUUGCCGUGCUCUGAAUUUAUAACUGACAAUUUUUUAAAGGAUUUUAAUAUUAAAAAUACUCAAAGUUUAAGCAUUAAGCAGUAAUGAGUUUGGUUUUGCUGCAGAUUUUUCAAGCUUGUGUUGUCAGGGUCUGUAAAAGUGACAUAGGCCUGUUGUUUUUUGGUGAGAGUUAAUAUCUUUGAGUUAAGUAAAAACUGUGUAUGAUUUUUAUUAAGAACAAUACAUUUCUUAAGAAUUCAAUUAAUGUUGAUUUUGUUUAAAGUUGUUUGACCAAUGAAAAAGUACAGAAAUCUGAAUAUGCAGGGCACAAUAUUGACUAGAUACUCGAGAUGUUGUGGUCUGAAAGAUCAUUUACACAAGAUGUUCAUUGAAAAUCAUUUUCUUUAAUAUUGUGAGGUGUGCCUAAAUUUUGUUACCUCAUAAAGAAGACUCAGCAGAUUGAUAUUGAAACCAUUUAGUGAUUGAUGUAUCGAAAACACAUUUUGAUGUAAAUUUAGAACAAUAUUAAAGGACAGUAUAAAAUCUCGCUUUUUCUCUCAACAUCAAUGAAUAUGACUUGUGAUGAUUUGCCUUUCUUAAAAAGAGAUUUUAAUAUGAAAAUACUGACCAGUCUAUAGUAUAAAACCUGGUCAAACUGCAUGCAUUUGCAGGCUGCCCUGGCUCAAUACUGAUUAUAUAGAUAAUUUAUUGUAAUCACUGCCUGCUUUUAAAGGGGCUAGUUAAGAAUACAUCAUCUAUAUUGACAGUGUUUAUGUAUUAUAUUAUUGAAAAUUAAGGACUUGAUCAUUGUGAUAAUUAUCUGUAAUUUGCCAUUUAUUUAUUUUACAUUUUGGUACACUUUUUUUAAAAUGAAAAUAAAAAUGAUGAAUAAC